GUGACGUUAAUUGCAAUUUGAGCGCUACGUUUUAUUAGUUAUUUAAGCAAAUGUAGGCUAAUUUGGGCUUGGACACAAUACAUUAGCCACAUGCACUGAUAGGUGGCGUAUUAAUCUAAUAAAUAUGCUUUCGUGUCAGUUCUUAUUAUAUUAUAACUAAAUAAGUAUUUUAGUCAUUUAGUUGAUUCCCUUAAAAAACAAAUUGAGAGAAACAAGACAUCCACAAAUACCGUUCAAAAUACUCAAACAUGUUCGUCUGGGUUUUAUUUUUUUUUGGUUUUCAUUUUAAAGCUAACUCCUUUAUAUAACAAGAGUGUAACAUCUUGCGUUUACCAUAACCACAUUGUUUCCUCUGCUGUCACAUCCGGCCUCACGCAGCUCUACAGACUAAAGAUGCUUCUAACACUUGUUUAAAGGACCUAAAGAAAUGCUAAAGAUACAUUCGAGCUCAUUCAACAUGUUUCUUCUUGUUUUUCUUUUUUUAGGUUGUGUUUCUGUGACGGCUGAUCAGCCAUGAUCCUGAACACCUCUGAUCUGGGCUGGGAUGAGUCCUCAGGUGCUGAAUCCUUCUUCCCUCUGGACCUGCUGGAUAGGUCCCCCAAAUAUGAAGUCCCACCCCUCACCGUGUGGGGUGUGGCCCUGUGUGUUUCAGGAACUCUCAUCGCAGCUGAAAAUGCAAUAGUGGUCACCACCAUCUUGGCCACCCCAUCUCUUCGUGCCCCUGUUUUCCUGCUACUUGCGAGCCUCGGACUGGCUGACCUCCUGGCGGGUGUUGCUCUGAUCCUGCACUUCCUCUUCCUGUUCUGUGUGGAGCCCAGCGAUUGGUCAGAAUUGGUGACCUCUGGACUGCUGGUAACAUCACUCACUGCCUCACUCUGUAGCCUGAUGGGUGUCGCUUUGGACCGAUACCUGUCCUUAAGCCAAGCCCUCACCUAUGGUUCAAGCCAAUCUCGUCACAGAGCCGCCAUCCUUCUGCUGCUGGUCUGGUUGGGUGCUUGCAUCAUAGGGGCGGGGCCUGCAAUGGGGUGGCACUGUCUGGAAGAGCCAAACUCCUGUUCUGUAGCAAGACCUCUGACCCGGACAUACCUAUCACUUCUGUGUGGUGGCUUCCUGGUGGUUGUCAUGAUAACACUACAAUUGUACGCUGGGAUCUGCCGUGUUGCCAGGCGGCAUGCCCAUGCCAUCGCUACCCAGAGGCACUUCCUACCUGCCAACCAAUCAUAUGCAAGCAAACACAGCAGUGGGAGGGGCUUCUCUCGGUUGAUCCUGGUGCUCAGUGUGUUUGUGGGCUGCUGGAUGCCUUUCUCACUCUGGGGGCUGCUGGGAGAUGCUUCCAGCCCUCCUCUAUACACCUAUGCCACCCUGGUGCCAGCGGCAGGGAGCUCGCUGCUGAACCCAAUCCUCUACAGUCUGAGACACAAAGACAUUCGCAAGGUGCUGCUCCAGGCCUGCUGCCCCAACAGAUACACACACAACCCGCACACACACAACCCUGUUGAUGUGUAGACUGCCAAACAUUGCCAAAACACACAAUCUAUGCCAGACAUAUCACUGUUUCUGUGCCAAGAUACACACAUAGCUGCAUUGACUAUCAUCCAAGUCCAGAACAUGAAGUCCAAUACUCCCACACGUGCAAGCAGCACUUCUCUGAGAGAUGAAGGCCUUCUGAGUAUCAGAAUGUCCUGCACCGUCCUGGCGAGCGGCCAUCUUUGGACUGAAUCGAAACGUACUGUCUUUUGAGUACUUUGUGCCUCGUUCUCAGCCAAUUGUAGAUCCACUGGAUCCCCAAACUGAAACAAUCACAGGGACACUAUAUUUACCACCACUCUUUGAGGGUGGAUAUGACCUUUGGCACUUUAAUGCGAUGAGAGAGGAUGUGUUUUUAAAUGUAAAUCUAUCACAGUUUGAUGAUGUAUGUGAUCCAAAGCCCAAUUUGAUUUACUUGAAUCUGUAGAAAACACAAUGUUCUAGACCUAGACCUCUAGAGUCUAUUUUGCACAUGCUAUUGAAGGCACUUUGAGAGGUACUGACCAGUUGUUCAUGUUGCACAGCCUUUUUGAAAUGAAUGAAUAUUUUAUACUGAUGAAUAAUAAAUAUGUCUUUUUCUACCA